AUGUCAAUUCCUUCUCAGGCCGCAGCUCGAUGCUGCAGACAACUACUCGUCCGUCCUUCAACAACCUCUCCCUUCUCUCUGCAGCGCACGAUUUCGACCUGUUCUUCUUCCACAUUCUCUCAUAGACGGCGGACAACACCUACCCCAGCUUCUCGUCGAUGGCAAUCAACUGAGGCUGCUGCUACAUCUACGAAUCCGAAAAUCACACAGAUCGUUGAUCAGAUCAGUCAAUUGACUUUGUUGGAAACUGCGGAUCUUGUCGCUAGCUUGAAGUCUCGCUUGAACAUCCCUGACCUCCCUGUUGGCGGCUUCGCCGUCGCCGCAGGCCCAGCCGGCGCAGCUGGCGGUGCCGCGGCCGCCGAGGAAGAAGAAGCAGCUCCUGCUGCUGCCGAGAAGACCCUUUUCAACCUCAAGCUCGAGUCAUUCGAGGCUGCCUCAAAACCCAAGGUGAUCAAGGAGAUCAAGUCUAUGCUUGGUCUUUCGUUAGUCGACAGCAAGAAGUUUGUUGAGGCCGUGCCCAAGGUCUUGAAGGAGAACGUGCCUAAGGAAGAGGCCGAGAAAAUCAUUGAGACCCUCAAGGGUCUUGGUGCAAAGGUUGUAAUGGAGUAG